GUAGAAUACUGACACGCAAAUACACAGACAGCCAAGAUAAAGAGACCCUUCUCUCUUCUUCUUUCUUCUCUCCCUGUUCAAUUUAUUAAUAUUAUAAUUUUUUUUUUAAAAUUUUUUUGGAGUUUCUGAGCUUCUGCUUCCAGGGUUUUGUUCAUACCCACCAGUUCUACUCUGUCUCUGCCUUCAGUUCCCUAUGGAUUUGCGGGAUUCGAGUCGGGUUGACAUAUUCGAGAUUUACCAGCGUUAUUGCGACAUUAGAUCAGGAAACGCAUAUGAGGGGGAAAGGAAUGAACAAGAUGAUCAUGCACAGCGUGGCAAAUCCUCAAGGGAUGCAUUGGCUCAGCUUCUAAACUUUGUGGAAUUGAGAAUGCAUAUGAGGAGUUCAAUUUUUGAUGAACUUGCAAAGCUCAUUUCUAAGCUAGAAAUGAUGGUGAAUUUCUCUGAGUUCUCACGCUUCUAUGAUUUUAUGUUCUUCAUGUGCCGUGAAAAUGGUCAAAAGAAUAUCACUGUAAGCAAGGCAGUUACUGCAUGGAGACUAGUUUUGGCUGGGAGGUUUCGAUUGCUGAACCAAUGGUGUGACUUUGUUGAGGAAAAUCAGAGACACAAUAUUUCUGAGGAUACAUGGCAGCAAGUUUUAGCUUUUAGCCGAUGUGUACAUGAAAAUCUUGAAGGGUAUGAUCCUGAAGGAGCUUGGCCUGUCUUAAUAGACGACUUUGUUGAGCACAUGUACAGGGUAUCAGGAUCCAACAAAGAUCCCAACCUUUUCUGUAAUUGCGGUGAUUCAGAGUCUCAGUUAUUUGUAUUUGAAGAUGCUGUUCCCGGAUUGAAAGUCACUCCAGGUCUGAAGAGGAAGUUGCCUAGCCUUCGAAAUGAAGAAAUGGAGUCUUCAGAUUCUCUUGUCUCAGGUUAUACUAACCUGAAUCUUAUGUCAAAUUCUAAGAGAAGCAGGUUGAUAUCUCAAAGACUGUUGAACUGGGAGGAUAAUCCACCAGGUAAUUCAGCAGGCCACUGCAUGGAAAUCAUUAAACAGAAUAGUCCAAUGGGAUGUACCAAGUCUCUAUGUGUGUUUGAAGGUUGCUUGUCUAGAGGCUUUGCUGGGUUGUUCUCCACUCUUUCCUAUUUGCAAUUUGAUCAAGAAAGGAGAGUUUCAUAUGCAUAAAGAGUUCGCAAUACAGAAAAAUGUUUUGCAACCUGAUAUAGUUUGAUAUACUUAUAUGUGUGGCUUGAGGUUAAUGUCUACGUAUACCCACAUUUUCUAUUUGUUAUGUGAGAUAUAUUUUUCUUCAAUUCUGAAACGGUUGUGGCGAGCUGUAGUUGAUUGAAUGUUAUAUCAAUACUCUUUGUUUGAUAAAAUCAAUAAAAAGAUAAAUAGAUUGAUUUGAUUUCUCUAA